AUGUAGGACAAUUAAAAUAUGUUAGAAUAAAAUCCAAAUUGGUAAAAUAAAUUAAAGAUUAUUAGAUUAUCAGCAGACGAUUUAAUUUAAUUGAUUUUUGAGAGAAUAAAUACAAAAAAAUGGAAACUUAUUAAACAUUAUCGAUUACUUAAACGUUAAAACGUUGGGAUUAAGAAAAUGAGAUUAUGA